CGACCACCAUUCUCGCUCCCACUACCGCCGCCGCUCGCUGUCCCACUGUCGCUCUAUAUUCUAUUACCAGGUCGCUCUCCCCCUACGGCAUCCCGAACGGCGACACCGUCUCGCGAGCCUCAGCAGCUGCUGAGCUUUGUUUUGCGCGAGGCACAGCCGCCCCCGAUCCUCCUCACCCCUCUACAUCCUCAAUACCGCUCCCAAAAUGGGCUUCGGUGACUUCCACACAAUAUGCGACAAGGCCUCCAUACCGCUAUGCGCCGUCAUAGGCCCUCCGUCCAGCCUGGCGGGCGGCGUGGGAAUUCAAGCCUCAUGCUACUCGCGCAGCAUUGAACUGGCCAACACUAUCAUUUUCCAAGGCGCCGCCGACUUUAUGCACAUCCUCGCCCUCACAAUGACCGUCGUCAUGAUUAUCCACGUGCGGUCGAAAUUCACUGCCGUCGGCCGCAAAGAAAUCACCUCCUUCUUCUAUAUCUACAUGAUCCUGACUAUAUUCUCACUCAUCCUCGACGCCGGCGUAGUUCCCCCCGGCUCCGGCACAUACCCUUACUUCGUCGCCGCCCAAAGCGGCCUCACCUCCGCCUUACUCAUGUGCCUCAUGAUCAACGGCUUCGUCGGAUUCCAACUCUACGAAGACGGCACGACGCUAUCCGUUUGGCUCCUCCGACUCUCCUCCCUAGCCUGGUUCAUCAUCGUAGGCGCAAUUGCCCUCUUGACAUUCAAAGGAUGGGCUGGUCUUGGACCGACAAAGCCCGUCGCAUUAUUCGUCACACUGUAUAUCAUCAACGCCAUCUUCCUGUUCGUCUACGUCGUGACGCAGGUCAUUCUCGUGGUCAACACGUUGCAAGACCUCUGGCCCUUGGGGGAUAUCAUAUUCGGCGUGUUCUUCUUCGUCAUUGGCCAGGUCAUUCUCUACGUCUUCAGCGAUACCAUCUGUGACCACGUGCAGCACUACCUCGACGGCCUUUUUUUUGCUACUAUCUGCAACCUACUCGGUGUUAUGAUGGUCUACAAGUACUGGGACUCCGUCACCCGCGAAGAUCUCGAAUUCAGCGUCGGCAUCAAGCAGCACAAUUGGGAAGUCAAGGAGCUCCUCCCCGAAGAGGAUCGGAGAAACACCGUGUACCAGGACUCCGAGUACGCGAGCAGUCUGUACCAGCAGCAGCCUGGGAUGCGGCAGUCACAUUACAGCGCUGUCGGGUAUUGA